UCUCUCUCUCUCUCUCUGAAAAUCAAACACGGUUUCUGUCAUCUCUACCACAGAAACCCUGUUCAAUUGAGAGAAUCAGAGAGAAACUGUCGUGUUCAAUUGAUCUAGAGAGAGAAAGAGAGAAUCGAUUUGAUACUGGGUAGAUACAGAUACAGAGAUACAGGGAUACAGACAAAGAAAUCAUAAAAUGUUAAGGGUGAGCAACAGUCUGAUAGCCCUCCUAAACUUGUUGGGCCUAGUAGCAUCAAUCCCAGUCCUGACCAUAUCAUUGUGGUUGAGAAAGCAUGCAAUUAACGAAUGCGAGAGAACCUUGGGAGUCCCACUCAUGGUGUUAGGAAUAAUUCUGUUUUUCUUAUCUUUGGUCGGAUUGAUCGGUUCUUGUUGCAGAGUUUCAUCUCUUCUAUGGCUUUACCUAUUCCUCACGUUUCUCAUUAUCUUGAGCCUCUUCGUUUUCUCCUUUUUCGCCAUCGCCGUCACCAGCAAAGGCGCUGGCAAAGCUGUGCCGGGCACAGGAAUCAAGGAUCACAAGCUCGGAGAUUACUCCAAGUGGUUGCAGGAAAACGUCGUUGAUGGACAUAGUUGGGUUAAGAUCAAGAGUUGCUUAAUUCAAGCUCAGGUUUGCGGGAGUCUUAGGAAUGAUCAUCUUCGCAAGGCUUCUGUGCUCUACCGGAUGAGCCUGUCUCCUCUCGAGUCUGGUUGCUGCAAGCCCCCUAUUGCCUGUGGUUUCAUAUACAAGAAUGCAACCUUCUGGGUGCCCCCAAAAUCAGGCCCAGCUGUACCAGAUGAUGAUUGCACAACAUGGAGCAACAACCAACAAAUACUUUGCAUCGACUGCAAGUCAUGCAAAGCAGGGGUUCUGGCCAGUUUGAAGAAUGACUGGAGAAAGUUGGCCAUCCUCAAUAUCUGUGUCAUGAUUUUUCUUCUUAUUGUGUACUCGGUCGGUCAAUGUGCUCUGAAGAACAUCACAGAAGAUGGUUAUAAGAGAUACAGACCCUUCCAGUGAAGUGAUCCCAAGUUCCAAGGAAAGGAACCUAAAAUUGAUUCUUUGUUAGUACUAA